AUGUUUGUGGACAAGUUCUUCCCUGGAACUACCCCAUUCCUAUGUUCGUAUGGAAAAUCUCCUGCUUUAGCUGCCGGAUGCACCGUGAUCAUAAAGGCUGCAGAGCAAACACCUCUAACGGCACUCGCGAUGGCUGCGCUCAUAAAGGAAGCUGGUAUUCCUGCUGGAGUUGUAAAUGUUAUCACCGGUUAUGGCCCGACCGUUGGAACUGCCCUCACCAACCACCCACGUCUAGACAAGAUGGCUUUUACUGGAUCGACAGAGGUCGGUCGGAUCAUCAUGAAAGGUGCCACGGCUGUGAACCUUAAGAGAGUCACUCUUGAGCUUGGUGGAAAGAGUCCUUUGGUCAUUUUCAAUGACGCUGACGUGGAAAAUGCUGCAGACAUUGCCCACCGUGCCGCAUUCACCAACGGAGGUCAAUGCUGCGUAGCUGGAACAAGGACCUUUGUUCAGUCUGGAAUCUACGACAAAUUCGUUGCUAAAUCCGCUGAAAUCGCUAAGAAGAGGACUGUAGGGAAUCCUUUCGGGAAUGUUCAACAAGCACCACAGAUCGAUACAGACAUCUUCACCAAAGUGAUAGGUUACAUAGAGGCUGGUAAGAAGGAAGGUGCUCGUUGUGUGGCUGCAGGCGGACGCCACGGCAAAGUCGGUUUCUUCGUUCAACCCACUGUGUUUGCUGACGUCACGGACAACAUGACAAUUGCCAGGGAAGAGAUCUUCGGGCCAGUCCAGAGUAUUCUGAAAUUCGAGACCUUUGAGGAAGUGGUAGAUCGUGCUAAUGAUUCCAACUAUGGCUUGGGCGCUGGUGUCAUCACCAAUGACGUCACUACCGCUUUAGCUUUCGCCAAGCAUGUACGUGCCGGAAGUGUUUGGGUAAACACAUACGAGCAUAUCGUUGCGCAGGCGCCGUUCGGUGGAUUCAGGGAGUCCGGUAUAGGCCGCGAAUUGUAA